CGUAGCUUAGCAACCGAAUCAUAACAAUUCUUAUUCCGUUUAGAGUUUUCAUUUGAACAUUUAAAGCAGCUCAGACUUGCAGUUUAUCAGCAAGAGAGAAGACGCGAAAGAUGUCCAUCGUGAAAACCACCGUGAAUCUCCAGAGGAUUGACUGGCUGCUGCCGAAAGGUGCAGUCAGUGUGCGGAUCGCCCCGGAAUACAUCCCCGGUCCAGUUGGCCGAGGACAAACCAGUUCCAGUGAUGCUGGCCGUCGGAAGAAGUGGCGCACCAGGCCGCCGGCAGCCAGCUCCCUGACCACGUCUGCCUCUCCUGGAUCUGCUGCCAUCCCGGUGGCAACCAGCAGGGGUCAGCAGGGCACAGGCCGCCGUAGAAAAACGGCGGGAGGCCGGUCAGGGCGAAGAAGGAGGUAUGACCAACAGAAGGGGUUAGAGCCUAAGCCCAGCUCACCAACCUUCUCCUCCUCUUCAUUUUUAUUUCCGUCUUCAGUCCCCUCCCCUUUUGUUUCAUCCCCAUUUCUUUUUAUGGGCUCCUCUGUUUUAUCCCCACACUUAGUCACACCUGUAAGCCCAGCUCCACAUCCAUUUUCAGCUCCAGGCAUGGUUCAUCUGACCCCUCUGCUUCAGGCUCCAGCACAGGCUGUAGCCGCCUCAUCUCACCUGGAAAAAUUCUAUUGGUUGUAUAACUAUUAUGUAACAAAGUACUCUAAAAUGACCUAUGACGCCAAGUGCUUUACUGAGUACUGGUGUCAGGAGUUUUGGAACAGACAUUUAAAUGAAAUUAACUUAGCGAAACAGGGGAAGAAUGAGGAUAAUGAGGGUACUCAUUCAACCAAGAGGCGUAGGAUUGAUGAAGAUGAGUUCAUCUUUCCUAUUGAUGCACUGGAGCAGCUAAGUACCAUGCCCAGGGCUCAGGAGAUGGGUGUGGAGAUGGGCUAUCAGUCAGAUGCACAUAGCUACAUUUCCCUGUAGAUUCAGCACAUAAUUACACGAGACUUGUCAUACGUACUUAGGAUAAGAUAAAAUUAGGAUAUGUUACCAUGUAGUUCUAUAGCAUAAGGUACUAUAGGAUAAGCUUAAGAUAGGAUAAGGUUAAGAUUGUAUAGAUUAAGAUAAAGAUAGGACAAGUUAAGAUAGUCUUAACUUGUAUGCCAUUUUAUGUUUUACAAAGACAUGAUAAAUUACCAUAAGUUUAGGAUAAGAUUAUAUGAGAUAACAUAGUAUAAGAAUAAGAUAGGAUUGCAUAAGAUAAGAAAGAUAGGAUAAGAUAACAUAGAAUAAAAUUAAGAUAGGAUAGGUUACGGUAAGCUUAAGAUUGUAUAACAUAGGAUUAGAUUAAUUAUAAAUAAAGCAGUCCUCCUUAGAGGGGGGGUGGUGGAGGGAAUAUUUAAGAAAUAAAAAUAGGGUUAGUUAACAUAAGGUAAAGAUAAGAUUGUAUAACAUAGGAUUAGAUUAAUUAUAAAUAAAGCAGUCCUCCUUAGAGGGGGGGUGGUGGAGGGAAUAUUUAAGAAAUAAAAAUAGGAUUAAUUCAGAAGGUUAAGAUAAGAUUGUAUAACAUAGGAUUAGAUUAAUUAUAAAUAAAGCAGUCCUCCUUAGAGGAGGGGUGGUGGAGGGAAUAUUUAAGAAAUAAAAAUAGGAUCAGUUAACAUAAGGUAAAGAUAAGAUUGUAUAACAUAGGAUUAGAUUAAUUGUAAAUAAAGCAGUCCUCCUUAGAGGGGGGGUGGUGGAGGGAAUAUUUAAGAAAUAAAAAUAGGAUCAGUUAACAUAAGGUUAAGAUUAGAUUGUAUAACAUAGGGGGGCGGCAUGGUGGUGCAGUGGUUAGCACUGCUGCCUCACACCUCUGGGACCCAGGUUCAAGUCUCCGCCUGGGUCACAUGUGUGUGGAGUUUGCAUGUUCUCCCCAUGUUGUCGUGGGGUUUCCUCCAGGUACUCCGGUUUCCCCCCACAGUCCAAAAACAUGCUGAGGCUAAUUGGCGUCGCUGGAUUGCCCAUAGGUGUGCAUGUGUGAGUGACUGGUGUGUGAGUGUGCCCUGCGAUGGGCUGGCCCCCCAUCCUGGGUUGUUCCCUGCCUCGUGCCCAUUGCUUCCGGGAUAGGCUCCGGACCCCCCGCGACCCAAUAGGAUAAGCGGUUUGGAAAAUGGAUGGAUGGAUGGAUGGAUGUAUAACAUAGGGCUACAGUGAAGAAAUCAAAAAUUUCAAGGCAGCAUGAAGGUAACGCACAAUCAGGGAUGUGCAAUUUCUGAGGCAUGUAUUCAAAAAAAGUAUUUUAAUUGUGUUUUAUGAUUCAUAUUUGACUUAGUUCAUGAAAUAAAAUGUUUUUUUUCUACAGACUUUGAUCAGUGUUUUUGUAUUUUGUAAAAUACGAGAAAUACUGUAUGCAUGGUAAUGUCAGGUGUGCAAAAUGUUUGUGCUAACAAAGGACACAGAGCCCCUAGAAGGGCACAGAGCCAGGCUGAGCACCACAGCGCUAUCCAGCCCAUGGCUGCCGAUGGUCACAUUCCACCAGAACCCCCCCAACACUAACUCCCCAGGGAACUUCCAAGCAGCAGAGCAGAUUCCAACAACCGAGGAUCAAAGGAAAAGAAAAGAUACUGGCAGGAAGAAGAUGAUCUUGUGGCCAAAGGUUAAAAAUGUAGAAGUUUGGAGAACAAAUGUGUUACAAAUGAAAUAUUAUUUGAAAUGUGCUACAGCUUAAUCAUUCUAUCAUACAU